GGGUUAUUAUUCUGUUUGCGGUUGGCUGAAAUAAACACCGAUAAAGUUAGAAAAUGGGUGAUUUCGGUUCCGAUAGUGAGGACAGCGAUGGAGAAGGAGGACUUGGAAACGUUAGCCGAGUCAUCAUUCGACCACCAGGUCACAGCGGCAAAGCCAAACGGGGUCACCUAUGCUUCGAUGCUGCCUUCGAAACGGGCAACCUUGGCCGUGUGGACCUGGUGGGCGAGUUCGAGUACGAUCUGUUUCUCCGGCCGGACACGUGCAAUCCCCGGUACCGGUUCUGGUUCAACUUCACCGUCGACAACGUCAAACAGGACCAACGGGUGAUAUUCAACAUUGUAAAUAUCAACAAAAAUCGUAACCUGUUCAAGGAUGGCAUGACACCGCUCGUCAAGUCGAGCAGCCGUCCCAAGUGGCAACGUAUCCCUAGGUGCGAAGUUUUCUACUACAAAUCGGCCAUCCAUCAGAACCAUUAUGUGCUGAGCUUUGCUUUUGGAUUCGACAAGGAGGACGAGGUGUACCAGUUUGCACUAACGUUUCCGUAUUCGUACUCGAAACUGCAGGCCUAUCUAAACGCGUUGGAGACCAAGUUUCCGGAAUCGUUCGAGCGGACCACACUGGGGAUGACGAUUCAAAACCGCAAACUGGAGGUAGUCACCUUCGACGACGUGAAGAAACCGGACAAAGUCGAUCAGAAGAACGUCAUCCAUAUGGUGGUAAUCCUGGCGAGGAUUCAUCCUGGCGAAUCGCCAGCUUCGUACGUUGUGCAGGGAUUGAUCGAAUACCUGGCGGCAGCGAAUCAACCGAUAUCGAAAGCCUUGCGGGAUAAUGUGGUGUUCAAAAUCAUUCCAAUGCUGAAUCCAGAUGGGGUGUUCUUGGGAAACAACCGGUGCAACGUGAUCGGACACGAUUUGAACCGAUCGUGGAACAAGAUGUCCCAGUAUACGCAUCCGACGCUGGGUGCGGCCAUGAAGAUGCUGAAGGAGUACGACAACUCGAGUUGCUACCAGGUGGAUUUUGUGAUCGACAUCCACGCCCAUUCGAGUCUGACGGGGACGUUCAUCUACGGUAGUACGUAUGACAAUGUGUAUCGGUACGAACGGCAUCUAGUGUUUCCCAAGCUGUUUGCAGCCAAGUGCGAAGACUUCUGCCAAGAGCAUAUGAUGUUCAACGCGGACGAUAGGAAAUCCGGAACUGCCCGGCGGUUCUUUGUGGAGGCGUUGAGUGAUAAUGUCAAUACCUAUACGCUGGAGGUUUCCAUGUGUGGGUACUACCUGAACGAUAGCAACUUACUGACGCAGUACACUGAAGAUGGGUAUAUGCGAAUCGGUCGCAACCUGGCGCGAUCCUUCCUGGAGUACUACCGUUUCACCAACAUCCUGCCAAUCCCGCCGGUGGACGAGCUGCGACCGCGCAAGGGUCGACCCCGAACGCACCGGCCUCGGGCACGAUCCCGAACCCGCAGCGAAGUUCGCUUGCGGCCCAAAACCGUCCGCACCUACGCUCCCAUUAGCUAUACGGAUCUCUCGAUCUGCUACGACAGUUCGACCUCGAACGAGGGCUCGCCGAUACGCUACAUGUACUCACACUACGGUGGCUUCCGGAUGCGUGCCCUUGGGCCACCGGAUCAGUACUCGCUGUCCAACAUCCAGGCGGCUCGGUUCAGCAAUCUGGAUUUUAGCAGCGACUACCGGUUCAAGGUUACCCCGAAGCCCAAAACGGCUCCGGAGCAGCACAAGAUGCCCCCGAUCGAGAUCCUGAACGUUCCGCCAAAACCCUGCCUUACCAUUAUAGACUUCAAUCAGCUUACGCGCGGAGGCCUCGAGGAAGCCACCUCCGGACGGAAGCUCGAACGGGAAAAGGAGAAAAUCCGUCGCCACACGCUCAAAAGCAGUUCAAGAAAAGCGUAGUCUAGAUUGAUAAAAAAUCGAUUUUUUUAUUAUUAAAAUUUGUAAUAAUCUCUUAUAUUCAAAUCUACUAAACAACU